GCUGAGUGUGACUAGGGCACAAGGUAAGCAAGCAAACUUCAUUUCAAUUCCAAUUCCAAUUCGAAGCAAUCAGAGUAACAAGUUAUGAAAUUCUAGUUUCGAUUCUGGAGACACAAACAGAAUAAAUCAUUCAUCAUUCUCUUUCAUUCAAUCUCCCCUAAUAUUUAUUAUUACACUUAAUUUCCAUUGGAUUUCAAUUCAACUAUGGACGCCGAAGACGACGAAGCUCAACCUAACCAAUCUCCUCCACAUGCAUCCUCCGACUCGCCGCCGCAGCCGCCGAACCUCUCAACUAAUGCCGACGACAUCCCCAAAGACGGAGACCUUGAAACCGUGGUUGCAGGUGAGGAGGAGGCCGGCGAUGCCACCGCAAACACGGAUGUUGCAGUUGCUGACGUGUCAUCAACGGCGGGCGGUGAAAUGCAUGUGAUGAAUGAUGCCUCAAUCGAAGAUGAAAUUGUUGUGGAGGAGAAAGGGAAUGAAGGAGCUGGCGUUGAUAUGGAGUCUGAGAACGUGGAAGAGGAGGAAGCUGAUUUGAUAAUCAAAGAGGUGGAGGUUCAAGUUGGUGAUGACAAUACAGAUGAAGCUUCUUUGACAGGAGGAGAAAAAGAAGGCGGUGAGAAGGAAGGCGAUGAUGGUGAGAAGGAAGGUGAUGAUGGCGAGAAGGAGGAAGAUAGUGACGGCGAGAAGGAGGAAGAUAGCGACGGCGAGAAGGAGGAAGAUAGCGAUGGCGAGAAAGAGGACGAGAAGGAAGAAGGAGAUGAAAUAGAAGAAGAAGGUGAAGAACAAGAACAUGAAGACGAUGAAGAGCAAGAACAUGAAGAAGACGCAGAAGAAGAAGCUGAUGGUGGUUUGGCAAAAGAUAAAGAGGCUGCUGAGGAGAUGGAGGUGGCGGAGGAGCCUAGUGCCAGUGUAAAAAGGAAGCGUGGGAAUGGGAAGAAUUCAAAGGCGAGUGGGAGAGUUCCUUCAAAGAAAAAGAUGGAAGAAGAUGUUUGUUUCAUUUGCUUUGAUGGAGGUGACCUUGUGCUCUGUGAUCGCAGGGGUUGUCCCAAGGCUUACCACCCUUCCUGCAUUAAUCGGGACGAAGCUUUCUUCCGAGCCAAGGGAAAGUGGAAUUGUGGUUGGCAUCUUUGCAGCAACUGUGAGAAGAGUCCACACUACUUCUGUUAUACAUGUACAUUCUCUUUGUGCAAGGGUUGUAUCAAAGAUGCUGUUAUGUUAUGUGUUAGGGGAAACAAGGGAUUUUGCGAGACAUGCAUGAAAACUGUAAUGUUGAUUGAACAGAAUGAGGAGGGAAACACCACGGGACAAGUUGAUUUUGAUGACAAAAGUAGCUGGGAAUAUCUUUUCAAGGAUUACUAUGUAGAUCUAAAAGAAAAGCUGUCUCUUACAUUUGAUGAACUUGCUCAAGCUAAAAACCCUUGGAAGGGAUCUGGUAAACUUCCUUCUAAAGAUGAAUCACAGGAUGAACUUUUUGAUGCUACCAAUGAUAAAGGGUCAGAUUCAGAUAGCUCUUAUGAGAAUGUAGAUUUGGGUCGAUCUAAGAAAAGAAAGUCCAAGAGACGUGCAAAGUCUCGUUCCAAACGCGGCGCUGAUGGGCUAUCUACAGAAGAAAGCACUGAGUGGGCUUCAAAGGAGCUCUUGGAGUUUGUUAUGCACAUGAGAAAUGGAGAUAAAUCUAUGUUGUCACAAUUUGAUGUGCAUGCUCUUUUGCUAGAAUAUAUUAAAAUAAAUAAGCUUCGAGAUCCUCGCCGAAAAAGUCAGAUUGUUUGUGAUGCGAGGCUUCAAGAUUUGUUUGGUAAGCCAAGAGUUGGGCAUUUUGAAAUGUUAAAACUUCUUGAAUCCCAUUUCUUUCUGAAAGAGGAUUCACAGCCUGAAGAUCACCAGGGAAGUGUUGUUGAUACUGAGGUUAGUCAUUUGGAGGGUGAUGGCAAUGGUGACACAUAUACUAAAGCUGGAAAAGAUAAGAAACGUAAAAGUCGUAAAAAGGGUGAUGGGAGAGGACUUCAAUCUAAUGUUGAUGAUUAUGCAGCCAUUGAUAAUCAUAAUAUUAAUUUAAUUUAUUUAAGACGCAAUUUAGUGGAGGAUUUACUUGAAGAUAUAGAUAAGUUUCAUGAUAACGCCGUUGGUUCUUUUGUGAGAAUAAGAAUUUCUGGCAGUGGUCAGAAGCAAGACUUGUAUAGGCUGGUUCAGGUUGUAGGUACAUGCAAAACAGCAGAGCCAUAUAAAGUUGGUAAAAAGAUGACAGAUAUCUUGCUAGAAAUCUUAAAUUUAAACAAGACAGAAAUUGUAUCAAUGGAUAUCAUCUCAAAUCAGGAGUUCACAGAGGAUGAGUGCAAGCGCCUCCGUCAAAGCAUAAAAUGCGGCCUCAUUAAUCGGAUGACUGUGGGUGACAUUCAGGAGAAAUCAUUGACACUUCAGGCAGUUAGAGUAAAAGAUUGGCUGGAAGCAGAGAUAGUACGGCUAAGUCACCUUCGUGAUAGAGCUAGCGAGAAAGGACGCAGAAAAGAGCUUAGAGAAUGCGUAGAGAAAUUGCAGCUUUUGAAAACCCCUGAAGAACGACAACGUAGAUUGGAGGAAAUUCCGGAUAUACAUGUUGAUCCAAAGAUGGAUCCAAGUUAUGAGUCUGACGAAGGAGAUGAAAUGGAGGAUAAACGACAAGAAAGCUUCACGAGACCUAGAGGGUCGACUGCGUUUGGAAGGAAGGGGAGAGAAAUUGCUUCGCCUAGAAGUGGUUCCAUUUCAAGUGAUUCUUGGAGUGGAACAAGAAAUUAUUCUCAUGUGAAUCAGGAACUCAGCAGAAAUUUGUCUAAUAAGGGAUUUCCAGUCAAAGGUGAUGAUUUUUCCAAUGCUAGUGAGGCUUUAAAUGAUGCUCAAUUGCAUCAGGGAAGAGAUAGGGAAUCACAACUAUCUAAUAGUCGAGAGAGGCAAAAGCCGCGGUCUUCAAGCUGGGAGAGUGGUGCUAAAAAUAUCCAGCCAUUGGUAACCACCGAGUCUUUUUCUAAUGCGGUGUCAGAAGCUGCCGCAGCACCAUCUUCUGCCGGAGUAGCAGCCCCAGAUGUGAAAAUUAAUGAAACUGAAAAGAUGUGGCGUUAUCAGGAUCCAUCUGGUAAAGUUCAGGGGCCAUUUUCCAUGGUGCAACUUCGCAAAUGGAAUAAUACCGGAUACUUCCCUACUGAUUUGAGGAUUUGGAAAGCCACCGAGAAACAAGAGGAGUCUAUACUCUUAGCUGAUGUCUUAGCUGGGAAAAUUUCAAAAGAACCUUCCAUUGUGGAAAAAACUCCUCCUAAGGCUCAAAACCACUCAUCCUCGCUCUCUAGGAUGUCUCCUAUGGCUGCCCAAGGUUUAACAGGUAAAACUUCUCCAUUGGCAGUUGAGGUCCCUAAGAAUCUUGGAAAUGGUUGGGGUUCUGAUAUCGGUGCUAGAAAUGAAUCAACAAAUCUUCCUUCGCCUACUCCCCAAACUGCUUCAGGUGGGUCGAAGGAGCAUACUUUUGAAAAUUGGUCACCAACACCUGUCCAGAUGGCUGGGCCUGUCUUGGGAAAUUCGUUCCCUAGCGGUAUCAGAGGUUUGCAGGCCUCUGUGGCAGUAAACGCACAACCUGGUAUGGCUACUGAUACUACUCAAGUACACCUCCAAGCAACAGAAAUGGCACAGGCUCUGGCUGCAUCAAAUAUGCAAAACCAGAUUAGUCAUAAUUCUCGUGCUGAAGCUCAAGCGUGGGGUCAAAAUGUGCUUCCAAAGCAAGAAUCACAGGUCUGGGUAGGCACUCCAUCCCAAAAGGUAGAACCAAAUAAUUCUGCCACCAUGCCUGCCCAACCGACUUCCCAUGGUCUAUGGGGUGAUGCUUCCUCUGUUCAGAACUCUGUCUCAUCUAACAUGGGAAAUCAAAUUGGGAGCUUACCCACACAUGGUUUUCCAGGCAUGAGUGCACCCGAGCCUUGGAGACCACCAGUUGCAGGUAAUCAAGCAAAUGUCAUGGCCCCACCACCACCCAAUGUACCCUGGGGCAUGAACAUGCCAGGAAAUCAUAAUAUUAACUGGGGUGGUGCUAUACCUGCCAAUAUGAAUGUCAACUGGAUGCCUGCACAAGGGCCAGCACCAGGAAAUUCACUUCCAGGAUGGGUAGCUCCUACCCAGGGGCCACCUCCGGUAAAUGCAAAUGCAGGUAGUUGGGUAGCACCUGGUCAAGGUCAUCAGCAUGUAAAUGCAAAUGCAAAUGCAGGUUGGGCUGUGCCUGGUCAAGGGCCAGCACCUAGAAGUGCCAAUCCUGCUUGGGCUGCAUCUGCUGGGAACCCAGGCAUGCGAGGAAACGAGCAAAGUCAUAAUGGAGAUAGGUUUCCCAAUCAAGGGGAACGUGGCACGCGUGGUGGAGAUUCUGGUCGUGGUGGUAAACCUUGGAACAGACAGUCAUCAUUUAGAGGCGGAAGCGGAGGAAGAGGAGGGGGUUCUUCUAGGCCUCCCGGCGGAGGACAAAGAGGAAUCUGCAGGUUUCAUGAGGGUGGACAUUGCAGGAGAGGAGCUACCUGUGAUUAUCAACACAUUUAAGAGUUGUAGGGGUGCUAAUUAUUUGCAGAGGAACAUCGUUUACUGUACAGUAUGUCCCCAAUUACAUCGCUUAACAGUGUGUAGUGAUGCAUCAUGUAAUGUAGAACUUGUGUAUUGUAGCAUCUCAUGUAUUUUCUAGUUUUUUUUUGGGUAUUCAUGGGUCACUUCUCACUUGGAUUUGGCUUAUGGGAUGGUUGACUAGCUACAGUAGUUGAGGUGUCUUUAGAUUAAUAAUGACGAAAGCGAGGUUAUAGGUUUUUGUUUUUUCAA